AUGGAAGAAGCGCUUCCUGACACGAUCCUCAUGGAGCACAUCCCUGGCACAGAGAUCAUGAGAGAUGUUGGCAAGAUUCACUUUGUCCAUGGCCCCAAGAGUCACCAAGUCCUUAUCCCCUAUCCAUCCGAAAAUGCCGACGAUCCUCUCAACUGGACGCUGACCUGGAAAUACAUUACUAUUGGCGUCCAAAUCAUAUACACUUGGGUUACAGUCGCCUCGGCUCUUUCCAUGGCACCAAUGUUCCCGCUGCUUCAAGAGGAAUGGAACCUAUCACAGACCCAGCUCAAUCUGAUCACUGGAUCAUGUGUUCUUGCCUUGGGAUAUGCCAAUUUUAUCAUCGUCCCCAUCUCGAACAUCUUUGGUCGUCGCUUUACCUGCAUUAUCAUGGCCAUGCUCGGCGCUGGCAGUUGUAUCUGGGAGGCUCGAGCUGGAUCGUACUCUAUACUUAUUGGGGCACGAAUUGUCAACGGCAUUGCGACGGCUACGAGUGAAACACUUAUGGUGCAAGUUAUUUGUGAUGUGUUCUUUCUCCACGAGCGAGGUGUUUGGAUGGGCGUCUACUUCUGCACGUAUUUUCUUGGUUUAUUUGUCGGUCCCAUUAUCUCUGGAGCGAUUGCUUCCAAACAUGGAUGGCGCAGCUUCUUCUGGCUCUCUAUGGCGCUAUCUCUGCUUAAUAUCAUAACACUGAUUAUUUUCUUCCCGGAGACAAGAUAUCACCGUACCAACCAGUUGCCCACCGUAGUGGCAACGCCUACCGUUUCACCAGAGGAAGGACUGGACAAACCACCCUCGCCGCAUGAGAUCGAAUACAGCGCUUCGUCGAACGUCAUCGGAACCGGGCGGCCUACUAAAAGUCAAUUCCAAUUGAUUGCUCGACCUGAUGCGCGGUGGAAGUCGCUGAUAUUCAAGGACAUAAUUUUCUCUGGAAAGGCUUUCUUCUUCCCAAUUAUCAUCUGGGCGGGCAUAACUGUGGGCGGUUACGCCAAUCUACUUCUGUAUUGGAAUAUCACAGAAUCAUCAAUUCUCGGCGCGCCACCGUUCAACUUCAGUGUAUCGGCCGUCGGAUACUCCAACUUCGCCUUCAUGGUUGGCGGUCUCGUAGGCCUUGCUACAGGGGGCACUGUCUCCGACUGGAUUGCUCAGAGAGCUACCAUUCGCAACAACGGUGUACGCGAAGCUGAGAUGCGUUUGCCUGCUCUCAUCCCUUAUUUUUUCCUAACAAUAAUUGCCGUCACAAUAGGUGGACUUGCAGAGAAGAAUUCAUGGUCUUGGCCUGUCCUUGUCGUUGUUGGCUACGGUAUAAGCGGCAUGUGUAUCACUGCUACACCAGCAAUUGCCGUAGCCUACGCUGUCGAUUGCUACAAGCCCAUUGCUGGAGAGAUUAUGGUUGUCGCGACGGUGAUCAAAAACACAUGCGGAUUUGGUAUGAGCUACUGGGUUCCCCAGCUCACUACAUCUCAGGGUAUAAUUGUUCCUACAAUGAUUCAAUUGGCACUAACAGCUGGUCCUCUAUUACUUGCUCUGCCUCUUUGGUUAUGGGGACAGAAGUUGAGACGCUUGACAAGGAAUUCUGGUGUACAUAAGCUUGAGGAAGAAUUUUGA